CGACUACGUUCACUUUUGGGGGAGUUACAUUGAGAAACGUUGCAGCGUGGCCACGCCCACUGAGGCUGACGCAGCGGGGCGAGUUAGAACAAAGUGCGCCUGACCAAAUGUGUGUGCGUGUGCGUGUGAGAGAAGAGCGUGCACAGACAGCCUUUCUCGUUCCUCCUCUUCAUCGUCCGCCGAGAGAAGCUCAGCGAGCAGCAGAGAUGUUCCCCGGAGACUCCACGUCAGCUGCCAUGACGCCCUCACACGUGAUGAUCAUCUAGCUGUGCUCCAUCUUCAUGCACGUGCAGCACAGCGUUGUCUUCUGGACACAAUGCAGACCUGAGGCUCAGAACAUGAACGCCUCCUGCUGGGAAGUUCCUGCGCAGAGCUCCGAGCGUGACACCAUCAGCGACUGGCGGCCGCCGUUGUGCAGCGGGACGCCGGCGGACGUGCCGCGGCUGCCCACCUUCUCCACAGCGGCCAAAGUCCGAGUGAUCGUCACCUUCAUCCUGUGCGCCGUCUCCACGCUCUGCAACCUGGCCGCGCUGUGGGCCGCCAGCGUCCACAAGCGCAGGUCCCGCGUCCGAGUGCUCAUCGUAAACCUGACGGCGGCCGACCUGCUGGUCACCUUCAUCGUGAUGCCGGUGGACGCCGUGUGGAACAUCACCGUCCAGUGGCUGGCCGGCGACCUGGCCUGCCGGGUGCUGAUGUUCCUCAAGCUGCAGGCCAUGUACUCCUGCGCCUUCGUCACCGUGGUGAUCAGUCUGGACAGACAGUCGGCCAUCCUCCACCCCCUGGCUGUCAGCACGGCCCCCAGGAGGAACAGGCUCAUGCUGACGGUGGCGUGGACGAUGAGCGCCUUGUUCUCCGUCCCACAGACGUUCAUUUUCCACAGCGUGACCAUCACCUACCCUGCCAACUUCACCCAGUGCACCACGAGGGGGAGCUUCGUCUCGCACGGGCAGGAAACGGCGUACAACAUGUUCACCUUCUGCUGCCUCUUCCUGCUGCCGCUGGCCAUCAUGAUCACCUGCUACACCAGAAUCUUCAUCCACAUCUCCAAGAAGAUGCCACACCACACCCUGCCGCCCCGUGAGCCUCGUCUGCGCUGCUCCAAGAACAACAUCCCCAAAGCGCGCAUGAGAACCCUCAAGAUGAGCAUCGUCAUCGUCAGCUGCUUCAUCGUCUGCUGGACGCCGUACUACCUGCUGGGCUUGUGGUACUGGUUCUUCCCGGACGACCUGGAAGGGAAGAUCUCCCACUCACUCACCCACAUCGUCUUCAUCUUCGGCCUUUUCAACGCCAGCCUGGACCCCGUCAUCUACGGCCUGUUCACCUUCCGCUUCCGCCGAGGCCCAAGCGGCCGAAGCACGCGGAAGGAAGCCGAGCGCUCUGAGAUGGCCGAGGCUGUAAAACGAACGACGGGGAAGUGUGGAGCGGAUGAGUUUGUCUAGUCGGGCGAGAGGACCAUCCAGCGGCUGUGGGCCGCCACAAAUAGUUUUUUCAACUCCGUCCAGUAGGUGGCAUCGUAGCUCUCCUUCUUAACACUAAAGCCGUGUCCUUAUUUUAUUUACACACUUUUCCCCACAGCGCUGGUAAAUACAUCACAGUGCUGUUGAAUACAUCACCACCACGCAUUAUCAAAUGUUGGCUGAGACACACAAGCACCAGACUUGAUCGCCGGGACAACAGGCUUUUAUUGCAGGCUGGAAUCAUCUCACAACAGACACAAUCAUAUUUAACACGCUGCAACCCACAACUCUCAGCCUCUGACAUCACUUCUUGUCCCUGUCCCUCCCCCCACUCUGCCCCGCAAGCACAGAAGCACAUUUACAGCAACACACACGAGCAUGAGUCUUAUUUAUGUCUUAAAUGGCUUAUUAUGUCGUAUUAUGUCUACUGUAUUGGCUAAUAGGAGUGUAACAGUGACUAUAGGGGUGUUAGUUCAUGUCUAGAGGGCUCUAAUCAUGUGUAAAAGUGUAUUUGGAAAGUCAUGAACAGGUUUUCUAUGCUGUAACUAUGAAAGUAUUCCAUUUAUAAAUACGGAAGCAAUGAACUACCAUAAACAAGGGAUUACUGGACUACUACUGUUACUCUUACCAGAUAUUAGCGGUACAGACUCACUAAAUCAGUGCAUACUUACACGGAAACCAGCAAACGUCAAUUUUCCCACGUCUACCGCUAAAUGAAAUGAAGCCAACACUCGUAUGGAACACAAGUCACACAUCAGUAACUUAAUGUUCUCAUGAUUAGGGUUAGGGUUGGGUUAGAAGGCUAGGGUUAGGGUUAAAUUAGAGGGUUAGGGUUAGGUUAGAAGG